AUGGAUAGUAGUGAGGGAAGUGAAUACAGUGAGCAGGGACCGCAAACGUUGGACAGGGGCUUGUCAGACGAUGAAUGGGUAUCAAAAGAGUUGGGAAGUGAUAUUGGUGAAGUUGAGGAAGAUGAAGGUACGUAUUUUAGUGAGAAGGGGGAUUUUGUUGAAGCCAUAAGAAGCUACGCAUUGGAAAAUGGUAGAAGUCUUAAAAUAGUUAAAAAUGACAGGAGGAGGGUGCGAGUGAAGUGUCUGGGUGGUAAGGGAAAAUGUCCAUGGCUUGCUUACUGUGGUUAUAUGCAAGCAGUUAAGUCUUGGCAGUUGAGGAAAAUAGUUGAUACCCACACCUGCAGUAGAGAAUUUAACCUUCGUUUGAUUAAUGCUAAAUGGGAAAGGGCAAUAGCAACAGAAAGUGUUGAGGGCUCCUUUAAAGACCAAUAUAAGAGGUUGUACGAUUACGCACAUGAGCUGCUGAAAACAAAUCCUGGAUCAACUGUGAAACUGAAGGUUAAGGAGAAUGAAGGUGAACCCAUUUUUGAGAGGUUUUAUACAUGUUUCAAGAUCCUGCCCAUUGCUUAUGUUGUCGUUGAGGUGGAGAAUAAGGACUCCUGGACUUGGUUUUUAGACCUAUUGAUUGAAGAUCUAGGUGGGAAACAACUAUGUGGAGGGUGCACAUUCAUAUCAGACCAACAAAAGGGUCUGUUACCAACUAUUCAAGAUCUACUUCCUGGUGUGGAUCAAAGAUUUUGCGUGAGGCAUUUGUAUGCCAAUUUCAGGAAGAGAUUCCCUGGUAAGAACCUCAAACGACUAAUGUGGAGCGCUGCAUCUACCACACAUCCAGAGGCAUGGGAGCAAGAAAUGAGGAAUACUAAAGAAAUCAAUGUUGAGGCAUUCAAAUACUUGAUUGCAAUUCCCCCAAGAUAUUGGUCACGUUCUCGAUUCACUCAUACUGCCCAAUCUGAUACAAUAGUCAACAACAUGUCAGAGGCUUUUAAUAGUGUUCUGGUCACUACAAGGACUAAGCCAAUAAUCAAAAUGCUGGAAGAAAUCAGAAUAUACCUGAUGAAUAGAUGGGCAGCCAACAGAGAAAGCUGGUCAGCAGACAAAAUCUUUGAGGUCAGACAUGUCUCACAAAUUGGGGACAAGUUUGUGGUCAACAUAGACGAAGCAUCAUGCACAUGUCGAAAAUGGAGCAUAAGUGGGAUUCCGUGCUGCCAUGCUCUUUCUGCAAUGAAGUUUUUGGGGAUUAAUGGAGAAGACUUCAUCUCUACUUGGUUUAGGAAGAACACCUACGAGGAAACCUAUUCCUCAAUCAUAUUCCCCAUCAAUGGUCAGAAUGUAUGGGACAUAACACCAUAUCCUGAUUUGUUGCCACCUGAGAAAAGAAUUAUGCUAGGAAGACCAAAGAAGAAGAGAAGAUUACAAGAUUGGGAGCUUAGGAAAGAUGAGACGCAAAUGACAAAUGCUGGAUUAAGAAAAAGAUGUGGAUUUUGUAAGCAACUUGAUCACAACAAAAACAAGUGCUCCCAAUAUAAGGCACAUUUGAAGACAACAUCUGAAGCAUCUAACCAACCAAACCCACCAACAGCAGUGCCUUCUACUCAAUCAUCUGAACAACAAAACCCCACACCAGUGCCUUCUGCUCAAUCAUCUCAACAACAAAACCCACCACUAGUGCCUUCUGCUCAAUCAUCUCAACAACAAAACCCACCAUGA